AUGGCGUCAACAGCUGUGCUGUUUUGCUUCCUUGUUCUGCACUGUAUAACUGCUCUUGACGCACAGUGUAGCCAUUUAACGUAUACCACGAUUAAUAAUGUCCGACGCAGUACAGCGUACACUGCUACUUAUGAUUUGUGCGAUCGUGGUUUGAUCCAAGAUGGAUCAUGGUACAGGUUUAAAAGUGCGGCUGGCGAUAAGAUGCCCGAGUCUGAUCCAAAGAUAAAACACUGUGGAACUUAUAUUCCCAUCUGGAUGAAUGGAAGGCAUCCAGCUACACCUGGUGUAGUGGUGGACAGAACUGCAUGUGCGUCAGUUCCACGGCGGCGUCCUGUUGG